AUGGCGGCAUGGCCGAACCCGUAUCUUCCGCUCCUCCUCAUCGCCGCCCUGCUCGCCUUCGAGGACUGGCUCUCCACGCCUUCCUGCUCCGGCGGCUCGCCCGCCCUCCACCCUGCCUCCGGCGACCUCAGGGCCAUGUUGGUCGCCGACCUGAUGCUCCUUGGUUCGGAUGCUACACACGCCGACCGCUUCUUCCGAUAUCACCUCAUGUCCAAGCUAAUCACAAAAUCUAUUCAGACAACGAAUCCAGAUAUGAUCAUAGUCCUUGGGGACAUCUCAGCAAAGGGUUCAGAGCAGAGCGAGAGCAAAUGGGUAGCUGUUCUUGAACAGUUUGAGGGGAUACUGGGGCAGUACUCUUCCCUUCCUAUUCAUAUUGUGUUAGGUGAUAAAGAUGUGGGCGGAUGUUUGAGUUUGGAUGGUAAAUUGGUGCACCGUAUGGCCAAUCAUUUGCCAGGAUUAGAUUCAAGUGGUUGUGGUUCCUUUGAGAUUAGUAAUACCAGUUUUUUGUCUUUAAAUGCGAUUGCACUGCUCUGUGGUGACAACACGUUGCGGUUCAGCGUUGAGAAGGUUAUGGAGAUGGAAAGCCAUUGUUUCCAAAGGAAAAGGUUAAACGGACCACAACAUUAUCAUCUGGGAAGUGAAAAACAACAAGAUUCCGAUGCCCACAGUUGGAGACAAAACAGCAUGACUUCGGGAUCUGGUCCAAUCAUUUUACUCCAUAUUCCACUACAUAAGUCCGAUAAGUCUGAUGGAGGAAUCAUCGGUGUCCCCAUAUUUCCAGAGGGAGCUGUCUCAGAUCAUCCUCUGGUUUCCUUGAGUUCGAAAGAAAGUGGAAAUGAUGGCACAAGGCUGUAUGAUCAACUGCAUACCCUCCCUGCAAAUUCAACUCAGUAUAUUCUUCAGGCACUUAAACCAAGGAUUAUAUUUAGUGCUCAUGCUCAUAGCUUCUCAGACUACACCCACGCUGAUGGGACAAGGGAAGUAACAGUGCCUGCCAUGACAUGGAAGAAGAGUGGAGUGCCAGGUUUUGUCAUCGCAACAUUUGGACAGAAAGGGGCUGUAUCUGUGAAGUGCUGCUCGCUAGCUCAGGAAUGGUACAUAGUGACAGGAUAUUCAGCAUUUUUGUUCCUAACAGCUCUUGCAGUAAGAUGGUCACAUUGGAUGUGAAAUGGAAGUACUGAAAUUAUUUCAAGGAAUGUAGCUCACAUCUGGGUCUCCUUACAUAAUUUCUUGGAACUUCGAAAUACGAUUCUUCAUUUAUUGAAAAAUGAUCGGGCCCCGAGACACCUGGGAGCAAACCACAGUACUCAGAGUCUGAACUCAUAUAGUGAAGCUAUUCUCAAGUCCAUUCCACAGUUAUACUCAGAGUAUUUGAGUGGGACACUUCAGCAAUCAGCUCCAAACCUUCUGUUGCUCAGCUGAUGUGAUUACAAGGUGCUACUGCAAUUCAUUAGCUUAUUGGCUUUUAUUCUUUGUAUACAGCUGUACAAGUAGACCAGGACUGGUUGCUUGCUGCAUGUAUUUAUUGUGGUUUUGUUAUACCGACAACAAUAGGGAGCUGGAAGCUUGAGCAGAUACUUCAGAGUCAACCUCUUGUCAUAGAUCAGAGCCGCUUUUAACAUUGAUGGCGUACUUCAGGUCCUCAUAUGGGGUGACCUCCUUUCACUGAAAGCUGAAUGAGGAUAUUUACUGCAUGAUGAUUGGUUACCAGGUUUCCUACUCCUACUGUUCUACAGUAAUUAUUGACCGGGAAGGUAACGUUCACCAGGUUGUGCCUUGAAGACUGCAAGCUGGAUAUUGAAAGGUAGUGUGUAGAUUAUAGAUCGUUAUUGUCUGCUAUGCGAUGGUGGUACUGCAUGGUUGUCCAGACUCUGAAGAGCACCAAACAUCACGAGCAGUGGCUUCUUCCUGGAUAGUCAAUGCGUUCCUCCGAGACUGGGACUGCCAAGUUGGACACCUCCUGAUUUUACACUCCGUGAGGUUGCACAAGCAUAACCGUCAUUUGACUGCUCAUUUUUAAUGCAGCUUCUCAUGUGAAGUUGCGAAGUAAGUAUCGUGUAAAUAUUGAGCUGUUGUUAGAAACUACAUUGAAACAGUGGAUCAAGAAACUAACAGAAGCAUUCUACAAGCAUUGCAUCUACAGUGCUGCUAAGCUUAGCAAUUUCUUCUUUGCUUGA